AUGAAUCGUCAUCAAGUUUUGAGUGGUGCUUGUAAUUCAGGGGACCGCUGUUUUGCUGUUGGAAGUGUCGAAGGAAUACCUUUCACGGCAUAUGCUGCAGGUUGUAAUAUAGUAAUUUUGGCGAGUAAUUUUGAAAGAGUUCAAAUAAUUCCUGGUGCUGUGCACAACUAUGUACGCAUUAGUUGUUUGGAUAGUUCGACUGACACUGGUAAAAUUGCUGCUGCAUAUGAAAAACAAGUGUGUAUAUUCGAACCGACACCUUUGAUACCGAGUUCCAGCAGUAAUCAUGUGUUAGACUAUAGAUGGGUUCAAACUGGUACUUUAACAACAGAAUCUUCAAUCACUUCUCUAUCAUGGAAUCUUGAAGGAACUAGACUCUUAACGGGAGGGGAUACAUUACAAAUGUGGCACCAAAAUAUAAUUCCAAUUCACGAAGACGAUUAUUCUCACGCAGGACCUGGUGAUGGUACUUCAAAUGUAACAUUCGAGAUUGGAGAAGAAUGUCAUCCAAACAUGGGGUCGAAUAACGGUUUAAAUAAUCAAAUAUCUAAUUUACCCGUGGAAGAAGAUUCUCCAGCUUGGGAAUGUGUGUGGAGGUGUAAAACAUCUGCUCCUGUCACACACAUGGCUUUUUCUCCAGACAGUACUCUUUUUGCAACUGCUGGAAACAAUGAUAGGCUCGUGAAAAUUUGGUUUGAAAAUAAACAUUUGUUGUUCCCUACUAAAAGUAUGGAUCAAAAUAAUAUUUCAAAUCAAGUUUCCGUUCAUUCAAUGCAUACUGGAGAAAUCAAUUUUAGUUUUAUUUAUAUAGCUCAUCCUAGAGCCGUAACUCACUUGUCUUGGCGGGAAACUAGCAAAUACAUGCCUAAGGGAUCCGUUUCUAACAUGUUAGUUACAUCUUGCAAAGAUAACAUCUGUAGAAUUUGGGUGGAGACAAUAUUACCCGACGACGGUCUUGUAAAUAUGUAUCAAUUUGAUCCAUUGGCAGCUCAAAAUCCUAAAUUUAGAACACAUAGACACAAACAUAGGUUUAUGCAACGUUUAAAGCAUAUGAAAACGUGUUUUCAUUUGAGACGAAAUGCCAAGCACAAUCAAAGUGUUGGUAGUUUACCUCCUGAUCGUCCCGUUCCAACACUUCUUUCAACUUAUAGUGUUCACGAUUUUCAUAAUUACGGACUUCAAGGAACUGGAAUGACUCCAGGUCUUCACUUUCAUCUUGCCGCUAGUGUAAACGCAGAAACAGAUAUUCCAUUAGUUCCAAGUUUAGUCACCGGAGAUCCUGAUCGAGAACCUAAUUUUAUACUUCACUGGUUAAAUAAUAAUGAAAUGCAUUUUUCCCAACAAGCCGAAAACAUUUUGCAGGAAUUGCAUCGAAAAAUGGCUGAAAAAGAAGAUACGGAUACUCACAUAGAUGAAAAAAAAUCGACUGUUCAAAAACUUAGCAAAUCAGUUUCGCAAGAUGAAAGCGGAAGUGAUGAACACCCGCAAGGAAGUUAUCCGUCUAGUGGAGCUCAUUCUCAUCAAAGCAUAAGUGCGGCAACGUCUACCAAUUCCCUUGUAGCUGAAAAUGGGCCAACCGUAGGCCACAUUCCCGAUUCGUUAGAUACAAAAAUAGAUUCCCUUUUACGUGAUUGGCACCAUAGUCCCGAUUUGUUGUAUUCCAUACAUCCAAUCGAUGGAAGUUUUUUGAUUUGGGUGGUGGAAUGGUUGGACGAAUAUCAUUCAGGUUCAUUUCGUCAGGCUCAAGUGUCUUUUUCAACUCGCAUUCCAAAUGCUUUUCCUCUCGGUGACGCAAUGACAAUGUCGACUCACGUUUACUUAUAUAAUACAAAUCAUUCUCUUCAUUAUCGCGAAGUACUUAAACCGGUUGCCUCGAAAAACUUGAAAAAUGGUUUUGAAGCUCACGAGCCUUUACUUACACCACUACCGAGUGUCAUCGAAGAGGAUACCGCGGAAUUAAACGACAGCGAUUCGCAUUUUAAACAAGAGGACGUAGUUAAACCUUCCGGUUCGACAUCUUCCACCGGUAUUGAAUCCGAAGGGGGUAACACCUCCGAAGCUUUGGGUCCCACUCCGCCUGUUAUAUCCAUGGUAUCUAAACAUUCCAACGGUACAUUAAAUUUGUGGCAACUUCAAUUUGCUGACAAAUCAAAAUUUUCACAAGUUUUAAGUAUCGGACAUGCCAGUAGAGCAUCGGGUCAUCGCUUUAGAGUUAACGAUAUCACUUGUCAUCCCGUAUUACCACUUUUGCUAACAACAUCACAUCAUAAUUUGCCUGAUUGUCCUACAAAAUCCGACAGCGAAAUAAAAGAAUUGACCGUGCAAACAGGAUUCUGCAGUGAAUUAAUUCUAUGGCGAGUCGAUGCUGUGGGACCAUUAUUGAAAUCGGGAGGAGUGUCAGAACUUGCUCGAAUCAAUUCGCCGGAAAUUUCCGCGUUUUCAAAUGUUGCUUGGAUUCCCACUUUGCUCCCGAGCACGACUCUUGGAAACCUCAGCAAUUCUCCCAGCGCUUGUUUUGUUGCCAGCGACGGUGAAUGUUUACGAGUGUAUCAGGCUGUCAUCGACGCCAGAACAUUAUUAGCCGAAGUUUCAUCGUCGGAGAGACGCAGUCGCAUGAUGGAUUCGAUCGAUAGUUUAUCCACGGCUGUGUCGUCCGAUAAUGGCGUCAAACAUUCAUCCUUACACGAUAAAAUUAAAAUAGUUUCUCAACAAUCAACAUCCCGACCCGGUUGCAUAAUACAAUUGGAUGCCAUUGCUGACGCAACUCACGAUUGGCAAAAUACGCAGUUUUUACACGUCUUUCAAGAGCAGUUAAUCACGGGAGAAAGAUGCGAAGUCAGUUCGGAUGGAAAUAGAUUAAGCGAAGAAUUGGGAUUAAUGGAAUCACAAAUGGGUGCCAUGGUGGAUUUGCAACAAGCGGCAGUUUUCGAAGAACCAUUUUACAUCGUGGUAUUAGAAAGAACCACCACGGGAACGACGGUUCACAUGUGGAGAUUAGUGAUAGCUUCUCAGCCUACCACUCCUGAAAUGUCGGGUAGCAUGAUGUAUGUGCCGGAUAGUCACAUCGUUCAAGAUGAAGAUGAUUUGGAAGCUCACGCUCGCUCCAGCACUCUAGAAUCGAAUAAAUUAUUUUCAAACGUCGUUCACGCUCCCCACGUUUUAAUAACUACGACCAAAGUGUGCACUCAAGAUUUGUCUUUGCCGGAAGGUGUCGAAGUCAUACACGCGUCUCCUGCCGCAGGUCAUUUGAGCUCGGCUUCUAUUUAUCCAGCUUGUUUUGCUCCUUAUAUAAUAGUGACUGCUUGCUCAGACUCAACCGUGAGAUUUUGGAAAUGUAAAAUCGGUAAACGUGAUAACUCGAACAGACACGCUUUUUCUUACGAAUGGUGCGAGUGGGAAAUGAUUAGAAAAGAUCAAGAAUCCAUGAUUGAAAUAUCCGGUCAACCCCUCAAUAUAUCGGCUGCUUACAGCGGAAGAAUCGCAUGUGCCUAUAAACACGGUAAAUCAUUUACGAGACCGUCUAAAAAUGAUCCCGACUCUAGAUAUGUGAAUUUAUGCGUUGCUAUAUACGAAUGCGAAAGCACAGGGGGCUCGGAAUGGAUUCUCGAAGAUACGAUUCAUUUAAAAAAUAUACAUUUGCCUAGAAUAAGAGUGGAUCCGAAUUUAGAUUUGAGCGUUUUGCAAGAUCAAAAUUACAUAAAAAAACAAAAAUACGGUUUUAAAAAAUCCAUAUCACAAGAUGAACUCCUUUCACCGAAAAAUGGUGACAUAGGUCACGAUUUGCACAAGCCCGUGCCAAGCCUGCUCGCCGUUCCGAGUUUCAGCACUCUUCAAAGUUUAAGGAAAAGUAUUACGGAUCACGGAAACGUUUGUCCUUUGACUCAAAAACAUUUGGUCCAGUUAGAUUGGGUUUCCAAAGAAGACGGCUCUCACAUUCUCACCGUCGGUGUCGGAAGCAAAAUUUUGCUUUUCACUCCAGUCUCAUCGGAUUUGGCUCAGGCAAACAUGAAAGCCAUGAAAGAAUCGCAAACUACGAAUCGUCCCAUUUUGAGAAAGGCUUCGUCACUCGCGGCACCCAAUUUCGUGGAUGAAAUCAGGUGGAUGAAAUUGCGACGUAUCGAUUUGUCGACCGCCGAUGGUUUGCCACCUUUACCCAUGCAAAUCUCUUGGGUUCGCGAUGGAAUCCUCGUGGUUGGAAUGGAUAGCGAAAUGCACGUUUACUCACAAUGGAGAUCAUCGUUUUCGUCGGAGUAUAAGCAUCAGUCGGAGUUGACACACCAAGAAUCUGACGAAACGCUGGAUACGAGAAACCUCAGGGAUGAAGAUUUGAAAUCGUUAGCAUUGGAAUCUUCGCAAAGAAGAUUGGCCAACGUGAGCUCUAUGCCUCACUUGUCGAGAGUCAGUUCAAUAAAUUUAACUAUGCUUACGGGAACCGAAACGGGGAAAAAAAAGAAAGGUAAUUUACCAGAUCCAGCCACACUCGACUACAUGCCCGAUUACGGUCUGUUCGAAGCUAGCAGAAUAGCAUGUCCAGUCCUUCCUCAGUACCAUCCGAAACAGUUAAUGGAACUUUUAAACUCUGGUAAAAUCAGAUGGGUCAAAGCAAUUCUUGCGCAUUUGGUGAGAUGCAUAUCUGGGACUUGCGUCGCCAGAAACUCAUCUAAAGGCGAUGACGAAAGCAUUCGGCAACGUGGUUGGUCGAGAAGUAGAACCCUGUCGGUUAGCUACGCUGGAGCGACGAGUCCUUUGGAACAAAGAGGUUCAACAACUGCCAUACCGGAAGAACUUACUUUGGACUAUGCGGAAAUAACGUCUAUACCGCCGCUACCCCUGUGGACUCUUUUAGCAGCCGAUAAAGAAACUGCUUCAAAGACCGCCCAAAACUCUGAGGAUCAACAAGAUUAUAAUGAUUUAUUCGACGGAAGGUUAUCCAUGGAAGAUGAAUCUUUGGAUGACUACUUGCAAGAAGAAACGGAUAACGUUAGAAGAAUGGAAAGGAGGCAAUCGGGAAAUAUAGAAAGGCAAGGAUUAAGUCACUUUGGUCCGCGACAGGGUCGCCUUCUAUCGCGUCUUUUAACUCACACUCAUUUACCGGGUUUGUCGAGCUUGGACCAAAUGCAUCUUUUAGCAUUAGCAGACACCGUAUCAACGUGCAAUACCGAUUUUGCCGAGAGAUUCGCUAUAGAUGCAGCAAAAACUGCUAUUGCCAAAGAAAAUUUGACGGGAGUACCGCAGGGAGAUGAAAUUUCAACAGAUUCUCUGGAUGACUGCGGAUUGAGAUUUUUACUCGCAAUGAAGCAUUAUAAUUAUUUAAUAAAAUGUUUGCCUCUUGCUCAAAGAGCUCAAUUUCAAAGGCAAGGAAUCAGCACGAAUAAUUUAGUAUGGGCUUUUCAUUCCGAAUCCGAAGAAGAAUUACUUCAUUUGAUACCCAGCUAUGCGAAAGGUAGUCCAAAAUGGCCCGUUUUAAAAGAGCUCGGAGUUGGAUGGUGGUUGAGAAAUAAUACUCUUCUUAAAACUUGCAUCGAAAAAGUCGCCAAAGCAUCGUACAUGGUUAAAGAAGAUCCAUUGGACGCGGCUAUUUUUUACUUGGCGAUGAAAAAAAAAAAUUUAGUUUGGGGACUUUUCAGAUCGAAAAGAGAUCAAAGGAUGACGGAUUUUCUAUCGAAUAAUUUCACCGAAGACAGAUGGAGAAAAGCAGCUUUGAAAAAUGCUUUUGCUUUGUUGGGAAAACAAAGGUUCGAACACGCGGCGGCUUUCUUUUUACUCGCGGGCGCUUUGAGAGAUGCCAUCGAAGUGUGUCUUAACAAAUUGGAAGAUUUUCAACUCGCUAUGGUGAUUGCGAGGCUUUACGAAAGCGAAUUGGACGCGACUCCGGGACAGUUAAAACGUCUCCUUUACGAAGAGAUACUCGGAUGUGACGCAGAAGGGAAAAAUUGUGACAUGAGUCAAGCUCAUCCGGAUCCGUUUUUAAGGUCCAUGGCACUCUGGAUGUUGAAAGAUCACGCCGGGAGUUUAAAUACUCUUUUACAAACGAAUAUCGGGACUUUGCAUUCUCAGUACAACGACGAAAAGCCGGAGUCGUCGUCGGCCAAUCCGAACGUGUUCAAUUUUUACGUGUAUUUGAGAACGCAUCCGCUUCUCAUACGACAAUUCAUUGCGAGUACGGCUUUGGAUAAGAAAAGAACGCAAGUUGUUUUAUCCGGUUUCAGUUAUAAUACGGAAUCGAAAAUGCCCAGCAAUCCGGAUAAGCAAUUGCUUUUGGAAGAUUCGAUAACGCCGUUGGAAAGACAAUUGUACUUCACCACUGCUCAUGCGCAUUUCAAAGCAGGUUGUCCCGCUUUGGCUUUGGAAGUUCUUUCAAAGUUACCGAAUAAAGUCAUCGAGUCGGGCGGAAACGACUCUCCGAGCAUAUUAACGAGUCCGAACAAGAAAAGAGUACACGAUUACCAAAUCGAUACGGGAAUUUUACAUUGGGAAAAAUCCGAGACUCAAGAACCGUCAAAAAUCAAUUCUGCGGAUUCUGUCGACUGGGUGACUCCCGUUUCGUCUCAGCCUGUUUCCUUAAACGUGGAUAAAGAGUUGAAGCUUAUUUACGACACGGAAGAAGAAGAUGAUGAUGAUGAUGAAGAUGAUCAAAUAAGAAUGAAAGUAGAUGAGAAAUUGACAUCAAAAGAAGAAGAAGAAGAGGAAGGACAACAACAAAAAAACGAGCAUAAAGAUGAGAUAUUGGAUAUCAUGGCUCAACAAUUGAAAUUUGUUGCCUGUCUUAAAAUCGUCAUGGAAGAAUUAUCAACUUUGGCAACGGGAUUCGAAGUGGACGGCGGACAACUCAGGUAUCAGUUAUACGUUUGGUUAGAAAGAGAAGUGGAUGCGCUCCGACAACUUUGUAAUUACAGCAGCGGAGAUUCGGAAUACAGCGUCGCGGAAGACAGCAUGAUAGAAAUGCAAGACGGACGAGAAUGCAGUGGAACUCCGACAAUGAUGAGACCCGGAGAAAGACCGACGCUCCAUGAAAUUCUCAUGGCGGAAAAAUUAGAUUUCGAAGCAAAAGUCGAGAGAGCAGCCAAACGUAAAAGAUGGCUGAAAGCCAAUGAGACGUUGUUAAGAACUCUAUUGAGUUAUUGUAGUUUACACGGUGCAAGCGGAGGAGGAUUAGCUUCCGUGAGAAUGGAACUCGUGCUUUUAUUGCAAGAACUGCAACAGGAAAAAACUCAGCAACAAUUGCUGUCGCCUUUGCCUUUUCCAACUACUUUGCCUCUUUUGUCUGCGAGUGUUGCUUGUAAUAAAACCGUCAUUGCCGAUCCCAUUCGACAUUUGCAGUCUCAAGCUCACGACAUGCUUCAAACGAUGGUCGAGUUGAGAACUCCUCCUCUACCCUCCAAAAAAUUAUUCACCGAAGUGUUUGUCCUGCGGGAUUUGGCGAUAGCUUUGUCCGCUUGCAUAUAUCAAAGCCUUUGCGAUUCGGACUCGUUUAGCGUUAAACAGCAAUACGACGAGUAUCAGAGUCCGGGUAUGGAAACUCUUGCUCGGCUCAACGUCAUGUAUCCCAGCAGUCAUUUGAUUGGGUGCGGACAAAGAAAAAGAAAAUACUCACUCGAUGAACCCCUUGAAGUUACCACUCAUCCGAAUAAAUGGCCGGGAGUCACUAAUUUACGAGCACUUUUGGCACGGGAAAAAGAUGAGGACACCCCGAGAUUAAACGUUCUCCUUUGCGAAUCCUUCAUUGCCACGUACAUGAGUUUAAUGGUUUACGCCAUUUCCACGUGUGAUUGUCACAUUCUCUACAGGAUCGCGGGUCACAAAUUUUCAAAUGUCACGUGGUCAACGUUGUACGGCGGAGGAGUGAAAAAACUUUUAAGAGCUGCAACAACUAAUUCUAGUCAGUCCGUUAAUCAAAUUCGUUUGGAAAAGGAUCAAAAUUCAGAAGGGACGGGAAUGUGGAACGCAAUGUCAUCUCUUACCAAACAACGAGUACGAUUAAACAUGAAAAUUUUAGGACAAUUCAGUUCGCAGAGCGGGACUCCAAUGAUGAAAGAAGACAAACCUACGUACCGGGAACAAUUCGUACCCCCGGAAAUGUCAAUGAUCUCAUAUUUUUUGAUCAAGCCCAAUUUGCCAAAAACGGAUGCUGCCGACAUUGAUGACUACGAUUCCGCAGACUCGGCAGUGAGCGACUUGGACGAAGAUGAGGAAGAAGAAGAUGUUUUCGACAAUAGUGAAAUACUGAAGCGUGACAAGAAGAAAAAUCAAGAAAAUACGGAACAUUCGAAUCCGUUCAGUUAUUCGUGGGCGAUCAUGAGGUUGGCCGUUUUGAAAUUGGUUCAACUUCAAUUGCAAGAAUUUCUAACGAUUGCGGGUUUGGAAAUGCAAGAACUUCCUGUUUCUUCGCCCCUCAUUCACGGUGUUUUGAGGGGGCUGGCACAUUGGCAAGAUAGUUUAAAAGAAGAUUUGGACUCGAGGGGUCCCGCUCCUGCCGACUACAUUCCAGGUUGCUACGUUGAAAGCACCGCAACGGGUCCGGCAAUUCAUAAAUAUCGCUCGCUUUUGGAAAAAUCAAAUACUCCCUUUCAUCGUCACAGCUCUGCUGCACCCGCUUGUCGUUUGUGGUGUUUUCUAGUGCGGCAAGAACCCGUCCAAGACAUUUUCAUUCGUUGCGUUUUCGGUAAAAAACGUUCCAUAUCGACACUUUUGGACAACGCCGUGUACGACAACGUUAAAAUAAACGGAGAAGAAAGGAAAACGGAAAAUGGAACGGUGUCACUUCCGGAACCCGUUCGAAUCAUUCACAAAGAUCAAGAAUCUAUAUCGGCAUUUUGUUUAAAUCAAGUCACUCCAGGAUUUUUAUCUUUGGCCAAUCCGCGGGAAAUUCAAGAAAUGGAUAUUUCUUUACUUCUGGAACUCCCAUCUUGGUUGGAAGACGAAUGCGAAUUCGACAUAAUUAAUUUGAACAAAGAGCCAGAAACGUUGCCGGCUUCCAGUUACCUAGUCAUUCAAACAGCUGCCGACAAGCCUUUGUUAAACCAGGCCGCUCCCACUGGAAUAAACAUACAUUCGGUUCCGGCAAGUCCUCAACCUGGAGGAAUGGCCGGUCAAACGGGUCGCGGAGCUUCGGUCGUAUUAAAGCAUAAAGUCGAUGGUAUAAAACGUAUGAACGCUCAUCCACUCCUUCCUCUCUAUUUGACGGGUUCGCAAGAUGGUUCCGUGCAAAUGUGGGAAUGGGGUCACACUCAACCCGUGUCAACGCCGAGAUCAGCGGGAACAUAUGCGAAAGUGACGAGAGUCAGAUUCAGUCAACACGGUAAUAAAUUCGGCGUCGCGGAUGGCGAUGGAAAAUUGAGCCUCUUUCAAGUCGGUUUGUCGACAAACGAAAGCAGAUCUUUCUUCUCCUAUCAGUGCCAUAACAAAGUCACGAGCGAUUUUGUUUUCCUGGGAUCUUGUAGCAUGGUAGCAACGGCGGGACACUCGUCGGAGAGUAAAAACGUCGCCAUUUGGGAUUCGCUUUUACCAAAGAAGAAAGCCAUGGUCGCAGCUUUCAUAUGUCACGAACAAGGUGCAUCUAGUCUUGUGUUGGCUCCCCAGCAUCAAUACGUGAUUUCAGCCGGGAAAAAGGGUGACGUGUGCAUAUUCGACGUGAGACAGAGAACGCUGCGUUUGAAAUUUCAAGCACACGAAUCCGCUAUAAAAUGCCUUGCCGUUGAUCCCAUGGAAGAAUUUUUCGUCACGGGUUCAGCAGAUGGCGACAUUAAGAUAUGGAGCCUCGCAAACACGAAUUCGAGUCACACUUUGUAUUCUUUUCCCGGAGAACACGCGAGAUCUUCCUUUUUUAAAAAUGUCGGACCGGGAGUGACGCAACUCUACGUCGAUUCCGGAUCGAGAUUGUUUUCCUGCGGUGCUGACGGAUCGAUGAAAGUCCGACAGCUUCCCGAUAGGGAUACGAUCGUUCAGUCUUUGUAUUUAGGUGAGAGAAGAUGCGUGACGAUCUCAAUACCAGUGAAAUAG